AUGAACACUCUCUGGCGCAUCGGCGGCUUCCUCACCAAUAGUCACAGCCCUAAGAAGUUCAGGUCUCACCGGAAGAAGAUCGUCUUCGGACCGACUCAGCCGCCGGACUGCCUCAUGGUUUUCGAUUCCGAGAGGAAGUCGUCGGUGAUUCUCGAGGCGCAUAGGUUGCAGGUUCCGAUUGUUUCGCUUGUGGACUCGGACAUGCCUAUUGUGUACCUGUUCUGCAAUUUGAUCACCAAGACGUUCAUACUUCAGCAGAAGAAAAGUGGCGUCGAUUCUGCUGAAAUUGAGACUAGUGAGCGAGUGGGGGUUAUAGAGGAGGCUAAGAGCGCAAAGAAGGAUGAGGUGCUUAUGGUUCAAUCAAUUAAAGGAUGA